UUUGAUUAAUAAUAAUGCAUUCGAUGACGAUGAUCUUUUGGCACAAGCAGCUAGUUUCUUCUUAUUUGGUUUUGAAACCUGUUCAACGACUACGGCCUUCGCGUUGUAUCAACUCGCGGUUCAACCUGAGAUUCAAAAAACUCUGCGAAAAGAACUUCUCAAACCACUCGAGAAAUCUAAUGGAAAAUUACAUUAUGACAUGAUACAAACGUCAUUACCGUAUCUCGAUAUGGUGGUAUCAAAAACUUUGAGAAUGUACCCGCCAUUGGGGUUCCUAAAUUGCAUAGCUAUGAAAAAUUAUAAAGUGCCGGAGUACGAUCUUGUAAUUGAGGAGGAUAUACCGGUUUACAUCUCGAUACUUGGCCUACACUAUGAUUCGGAAUAUUUCCCCAAUCCCGAUAUAUUCGAUCCAGAGCGAUUUAAGAAAAGGAACAAACGUGAGAGACCGUCAGGCGUCUAUUUACCAUUUGGAGGAGGCUCACAUGAAUGUAUAGAUAAGAAAAUCAAUUUUAAUAUAGCUCUUUAUAUAUUAAGAUAGUAAUAUACAUUUCUUUAGUUCUUCUUCGUUAAAAUAAUAUAGAAUAUUAUACUGUUAUAUGUUCUGUAGGUCAACGCUUCGAGCUUUUACAAAUAAAGUUAGCACUGCUUAUGGAUCUUGAGCAAAUACGAAGUGGAAUCGUGCGAGGAAACUUCGGUAAAAAUUGAUCCAAGGGUACCCAUGACAUUGCCGUUAAACAAUGUAUU